AUGGUCGUCCCGUCCGUGAACACCACACACGAAGGGAUGGCGCUGUGCCCAAACGUGUGCCAAGCACUAAUGCUCGAUCGCCCAUUAAGCUUUCUCAAGAAUUCAUCCUACUUUGGCGACAAUGAGGUGUGGUUCUCGACCAUAGCGGCGCUAGCCGCCACCGCUCAAGCUGACGUUCGAAACGUGGCUGUAGAAGUGUUUCAAUACGGGACGGUCGAGUCUACUUCGUCCAAUGUGACGUUUCUUCGACAUGCCCUGUUUGAUGAGUCGCUGCCAGCCCAACGCGAAGUGAUUUCGCUGCAAGGCGACCGCGGAACGAUCAACCUACUGACGACGAACUCGCCUGACGUCGACAGUUUAGUGAAACCCCUCGAGGUGCCCGUGAACGUGGCGUCGUACAUUCGCUACGCAUGUCUGUACAUGACCAGCGCUAUCAUUUGCGUGGCGUUCUUGUCUACGUUGUACCUGCUGGCCAAUCGGGGGUAUGUGGAGGGCCUCAACAUGCUCGAGCUCAAUCGGGUGGCGGGCGUCGUAUGGGUGGGCCACACGCUGCUGUUUGUAAGAGGACUGGCGGCGAUUUCGCUGCUGAGCACCCAAGUACUCACACUCACGCCCGUGGGUGGCGAGUACUCUGUGAUUAUUGUCGGCACGAUUGCCAUUGGUAGUUUUGGGCGGUUUGAAACCCUCAUUGGGGUGUGCGUCAGGUCCAUCUUCAUUUCCUAUGCGUACGAACGGUUACGUCAUCCCCACCUGGGGGCGCAAGGCCAGACAUCGUACUUUUUGUCGGCGUCGGCGAAGUACGUGUUUGAGCCUAAGCACUGGACUGAAGACAAAUACUACAUCGACCCAGCGUCCGCCGUGAUCAAUGGAAUCUUAUCCAUUCAAGUGACGAAUACAUUUUACGUUUUCGACCUCAAGAUCUGGCGCCUCUUUGUCAUCGACGAACCUGACUCGAAACGCAAGCGACUGCACGACGAAGGCGCGUUCCACUUGCUUCACGCGAUUCCCCUCACAAAUUAA